AUGUCGGUGGUGAAAUCGAUUAACCUGGUGCUGCCUGAAGAUACGGUGUAUUUGGCAGGCUCCAGCAUAGAUGGCCAAGUGAUCCUGAGCCUUAACAAAUCUUUGAUCAACCCCAUAGUGAAGGUAGAGCUCGUGGGAAGAGGCUAUUUGGAGUGGAAUGAAGAGAUUAAUGCUGACAAGGAUUACAGCAGAGACAUUGUCUGCAAUAACAAGGCUGACUACAUCAAUAAAACAAAGACAUUCAAAAUAGCGGAUAACUGGCUAGGUUCGGGCACCCACACCUUUGACUUCCAUUUCAACUUACCUGACAGACUUCCAUCGACAUUCACCAGCAACAUAGCCCGUGUCUCCUACUUCGUCAAAGCCUCCUGCGCCAGUCGAGAGCUCAUCUUAGCCAAGCAGAAGAAAUAUUUACUAGUGCAAGGGACCUCUGGCAUCCUUAAAGAUAAAAUACAAUCCCAGUACCCUUUGGUGGUGGAAGUCGACAAGCACAUAGCUUAUCAUUGCUGCUUCAAACACGGCCUCGUCAUCCUCCGGAUUUCCUUGGAGAAAAACACAUUCGCCCCCGGUGAACACAUCAUCUUCACAACAGAGAUUGACAACCAGACAAGCAGGUCCAUCAGGAAGGUGGUUUUUGCCUUGUACUCCAUCAUCCUCUACCUGGGCUACACCGUCAGGGCAGAACGGCGCUUCUUGGAAGACCGAAACGAAGUGAUGAGGCUGGAGUCCAAAACCAAGGCAGCCUCCUUUGAGGUCACAAAGAUCACCAGCAUGUUCCCCCUGCCCAAAUUACUGUCUGUCAGCAGCAUGUCCAUAGCUAACGAUAUCAUGGAAGUCCGGUAUGAGCUGAUAGGGACUGUUUACCUUCCCUGGUCCAUGACCACAGUUGUGGCCAAAGUGCCUAUCAUCAUAAGAACCACAGCUGUAGGCAUUCCUGAGGACUAGCAGGGGGGUGCAGAUCUGCACCAGAUGCGAAGUGACCAUGUGGAUGCACCCAGCGUUUUCAGAUGAA